AUGAAGAUUACUUAUUUGGCUUUUGCUGACGACUUGAUGUUAUUGGCUAGAAGGGAUAUUAUCUCGGUUAAAAUUAUAAUGGACCGCCUAAGGAAUUUUGCUGCGAUUUCAGGUUUAAAUAUCAAUGAGCUGAAGUCUAAUAUGUUCACUGCUGGAAUUCCUGCUACUGAUCUUGAGACUAUUCAUAGACUUACAAAUUUCUCCAGUGGCCUCAUGCCUUUUCGGUACUUGGGGAUUCCGUUAGCAGCGGAGAAGCUUAAAAUCAGCCAUUUUCCUCCGUUCACUAAUCAGAUUGCGGAUCAUAUUACAGGCUGGAAAUCUGCGUCUAUGUCAUAUGCGGGGAGGGCCAAAUUGAUCAAGUCGGUGUUCCAGGGGGUGGAAUGCUUCUGGCUCUCUAUUCUUCCACUUCCAACUGGGUUAUUGAUAAGAUCUACAGGCUUUGUCGUGGAUUUCUAUGGAACUCACAGCAUUCUAUCAUUGGGUGGAAGGAGGAAAGUUUUCCGAAAAAGGAAGGGGGCCUUGGCUUCAAAGAUUUAA